AUGUCAAACGAUUUGAGGCAGUUGAAAAAUGGCGCCGAAAUGAUACUGAAGACUGCUUUGGAGGAAAGUGACAUUAUAGCCGAUUUUGUUUUUGUGCCGUUCCACGACCCAGCUGUGGGUCCAGCAACGGUAACAAAAGACAAAGAGGUCCUAAAGGCGGCUUUGCAGAAGGUCCAGGUGUAUGGGGGCGGCGAUUGUCCGGAGAUGUCUUUGGGCGGUAUUCAGUUGGCUCUAAACGUCAGCCGGCCGCAGUCUUAUAUAUAUGUGUUUACUGAUGCAACAGCGUUUGAUCAUCAUUUGAUCGGACAGGUGUUGGAUGCAGUUCAGAGGAAGCAGAGCCAGGUUGUGUUCGUACUAACAGGGCAUUGCAAUGAUCUCCAAAAGCCGACAUACAAAGUGUACCAACAAAUAGCAGCAGCUAGCGCGGGACAAGUAUUUAAUUUGAACAAGACCAAUGUUCAUAAGGUGUUGGAUUUCGUCCGAAGCUCUAUAAAAGGCCGAUCAGUAAAUCUAGUUUCAACUGUGAAUCCUCCUGGAUACAAUCAGACGCAAAAGAUCCCGAUAGAUAACUCAGUGAACGAAGUGACCGUCUCCGUGUCGGGAGCCAAACCCCAGAUACGAGUGGUGAAUCCCAGCGGCAAAGAGUUGACUGGGCCACCGCAGUUAGUCGCCACGCUUGAUCUUUCAGAAAUUAUGAUCGUAAAAGUCGUAGAGCCCGAGCCGGGCAACUGGAGCAUAACGGUAGGCAGUUCUGCUGAACAUUCUGUCAAAGUUGUGGGAUUGUCCAACUUGACUUUCAGUCACGGCUUCUCAGUGCUCCCUCCCUCAUCCAUGGCGGACACCAGCUAUCGACCUUUACGGGGUACCUAUAACUACCUGGUAAUAUCUCUAAGCGAUAAUUCAAAUGUAACUGAAAAUAUAAAUUAUGUGGAGGUAUUAAGUUUAAACGGAAAGACGUUGUUCGAAGUUCCGCUCGAUUUGUUGGAUAACAAGACAAAUCUAUACGUAACGAGAGCGUUUUUGCCACCAGAAGAAUUGUUCUAUAUUUCUAUAAAUGGAGUUGACAAAAAUGGCAAUAGUUUAAGAAGAGUGGGCGCUACUGCAGUGCAAGCGAAGUCUCCUGAUACUCCGUAUUUGGCCGUAACUCAGAAGAUAGAGGCGCAAGCGCACGAUCGAAUAGUGUUGAUGUGUAAAGUGGAGAGCCUCGUCCCUGUCACGGCGGGGUGGCACAGAGACGGACAGACAAUGCAGUCGAACAUUUCCAGUCUGCAAAGUACCUCAGUGCAAUACGUGAUACAAGAUAUGUCGGAACUGGACGUCGGCACAUAUGAAUGCGUUGCCGACAACGUUGCUGGAUUGUCUUCUGCGGUGACUGUCGUAGAUCUAAUAGUGGAACCUCCUCAAAUUAUAGUGUCGCCACUUAAUACUACAGUCGUGAUAGAAGGAAAUCUGACCAUUUCUUGUUCAGUAAUUAGCGACACUUCACUUCAAAAAGCAUUUAUAAUUUUUAACGGAACAAACCACAACUAUGAUAUUCACUUCGCGUUGGAUUAUAAUUCUGAUGGAGUAUACUCUUUCACUAAAACGAUACGAAAUGCGACAGAACAAGACCAAGGAAUGUAUAUGUGUGUUGCGAUUAAUAAAGGUGGGUCUUCAAACUCAUCUACUCACAUAAGCAUCCAAUCUCAUCCCCUGGCCCACAUUCUCGGGCCGCACACACUGACACGCCCAGCGCACACACGUGCGCAGUUCGUGUGCUGUAUAGAGAACGCCCAGCAAAUGUACUGGAUGGACCCACAGAAAAAUAUCCUGAACCAAGUCAACGUCAACGGCUCUUAUAAUGCACUUUUAGAUAUACAUGAUGUUAUGGAAGAUGGCGUUUGGACGUGUGUCGCCGUCAGAUACAAUUAUACAGCAUCCGACUCAAUAGAACUUCGUGUGCUAAUCAAACCGGAGGUUAAAAUAGAGGGCUCUCAUAAUAUAACUGUCUUAAACGGAUCGGUAGCGAAAGUCGAGUGUAUAGUACUUGCCAAGCCGAAACCCCGGAUUCUGUGGCACAUGGAAACUGAACGAUUUCUUCCACACGAAGUAACUAUAAUAUCGUCGAACCAAUAUAAAAGCGUGCUAACAUUGGACAGCACCAAACAGCCUGUAAAUGGAACUUAUUUCUGCUUUGGGGAAAACUCUGAAGGGAUCGAGCAGGACAGCAUCACCGUGCGAGUGAGACGAAAAAUGAUUUUGGUCGAGGGCUUCAGGGAUCAAUCGGUUGAAAUCUACUCAAAAGUUAAACUGGCAUGCCGAGUAGACUCGUAUCCUCCACCAAAAAUAUCGUGGUUUCACAAUAAUACACAGCUUCCAGCCGAUUCCACCAAGAUGCUAAAUUUUUCUAUAACAAUAGAGGUGGUAGAUUUCGACGAUCUCGGCUCGUACUCGUGUGUUGCUGAAAAUGAGUAUGAAGUCCUACAGGUGAACGCAACCCUCACGGUUAAAGGUUUGGAUGUUCCCAGGUUAUCAAAAGUCCCAGCCAACAUCGUCACUCGAAAAGGAAAAUCUGUUGUUUUGACAUGUAGGGUUCUCAAGGGCAACCCCAAACCAACUCUAUCAUGGCAGCACAGACGACACAACUCGACAAAUUAUACAAGUUUGCCAAACGACGUUCUCAUUGAUGGAAAUGAUUUAAAUAUAUCGAGUGCAAAUACAGAGGUUGAAGGCACGUAUCGAUGUGUCGCACAAAAUAUUCUAGGAAAAGAUCAAUAUGACAUCGAGCUGAUUGUUCAAUACCCACCAGAAUUAAAAAGGCCAGAGGAUCUCAAGUCCAGUCCAAUGAAUAUAAAACUCGGUGAUAAAUUGAAACUCAGUUGCGAUGUGAUUGGGAAUCCGACGCCCGUCGUUGUAUGGACAAAGGGUUACCAGACGAUUCCCUUCUCUAAGAAUAUAUAUCUGAGUGAAGGUAACGAUCUAAUGAUACGCAAUGUGACUGAGUAUGAUAACGGUAUUUACUCUUGUGAAGCCCUGAGUCCAUUGGGCUCCGUGAGCAACAACUUUACAAUUAAUGUUUAUCAGGUUCCCGAAAUUGAGUCAAACACAGAUCCCGAGAAGGAAAUAUCAGAAGGGCAACUAGUUCAGUUUCCCUGCCUCGCUCGGGGUCUACCGUUCCCCACUAUAAAGUGGACACAUAAUGGGAAACCUAUAUCUGAGAGGCGAAAGUUUAUUGAUGAAUAUGGAAUUAGAUUUGUAGCGAAUUUAACCGACUUCGGCGAAUACGUUUGUGAAGCGAGCAACGGGUAUGGCUCCGUCACUUUCAACUUCACUCUGUAUGUUUGGGUGGCGCCCUCAAUCGAUCCGCCUCUCGAAGUAAAUUUAAAUAUACGAGUUGCGGACAAUGCGACAUUAAACUGUGAUGUCGUCGGGUUUCCGGUUCCAACUAUAGUUUGGGAGUUCAAUGAAAAAUCACUUCAAGCUAAUACUACAAGUAUUACUUUCAACGAUGUAGGCAAUUUAUUUUUACACAACGUGACCAUGGGUAUGGAAGGAGAGUUUGCGUGUGUCGCUGAAAACGUUGCCGGUGUAGCCAUUAAAACUUUUUAUGUAAUUGUUGAAGAACGCCCCGUUUUCGACACUGAAAGCUUAGAUGAGUAUAUUGGAAUAGCUGGAAAAGAUCUAUCUAUGGUACUUAGUUGUAAAGCGACAGGGAAACCUCGCCCUUAUAUGCUUUGGGUAAAAGACGGGGUUUAUUUAGACAGCGAUUCCCGAUAUGAAAUAAAUGACGAAGGUACUUUAACGAUAAAACAGCCCCAAUUGGAGAUGAGUGGCAACUACACAUGUAUCGCUAAGAACUCUCUUGGAUAUAUCAGUAGAAUUGUUCAAGUACAUGUUUAUUCUAUGCCAACCCUCCAAUCGGACGAAGCUGAAUCGUCAGUGAGAGACCUCGUCGAGGGUACCAGUGCAGUAUUGGAGUGUCCCGUCCGGCACAGCGAACGUGUCAUAUGGUAUAAGAAUGCAGUUUUAAUAGCGAACGGCUCUCUAGCAUUUCCAAACGUGAGUCGAUCCGUUUCCGGACAAUAUGCGUGCGUCGUGACUAACAGGGUUGGCUCCACCCAUGCUUUGGUCACUGUGAACGUUGUGUGGCCUCCGAGCUUUGGGAAUCGACCGGAAAAGGAAGUGCAGCUCUUGAAGGGUGAUGACGCAGUCUUUGACUGUGCCUUUGAUGCUAAUCCACGGGGGAACAUACAAUGGUUCUUCGAUUCCAAAUUGCAAGUAGGAGAGGACGGGCACAAGUUGAAGGUGAUGAACGCUCAGACAAGCCAUAGUGGAAUAUAUAAAUGUGUAGUUAGCAACGACUACGGAAGCGUAAUUAGAGAAUUUAAGUUAGAUGUACUAGUUCCGCCAUACAUUUCUGAAUUUGAUCUACUCGAGGUGUAUUUGAAAGAAGGGACGAACGCCACUCUCGAAUGUAAGGCGGAGGGAUAUCCCCUACCCGAGAUAUCAUGGACUUUCGAAAACGCGAAUUGGCAUAUUGUUAACUUGACUCUUACAUCGACAAACGUAUCUAUACAGUCUGAAGACAUUUUUCGGUGUGAUGCGAAGAACAAAGCCGGAGUCACGCACCUAGUCUACAAAGUCACUAUAGUUAGUGCUGCCAGAGUAAAAAAUAUUGCCUUUUUUGUCGGAGGAGAAGGAAAUAAUGCAGAGAAAAGUGUGGACGUAGCUCUCAAGAAUGAUGUGCGAAUAUCCUGCUCUGCUACUGGCAAUCCUUUUCCGACCAUCCAAUGGUUCCGAAAUGGUAAUAAAGUAAGCCAAAAUAUCGCAAAUAUUCCUUACGCCGAUCUCUUCCUUGCCGACGUGACAUUGACUCAGGCAGGCAAAUAUACUUGUGUUGUUGCGAAUGAGGGUGGCAUCGACGAGAGGGAUAUAAGGGUCAACGUUCUUGAACCACCAAGUAUUUUUGGAAGUCUGUCCCAGAAUAUAAAUGACUCAAAUAUAUUUAAUUUGGAUGUGCUAUUGGAACAAUCUUUUUACAUGCACUGCCAUGCAUACGGAAACCCUGUGCCAGAAAUAUACUGGUUCAAGGAUGGUUUGCCAUUAAAAUUAUAUGAUGAGAGCAUGGUGUCCGAGGAUUUCGGGGAAGUUAUAGUUGUGCGGCGGGCUAAAGAAGAUCACACUGGAAAUUACACGUGUGUGGCCAGAAACAGUGUUGGGGAAGCAAGCGUCGUGUACCUGGUCGAUGUUUUAGUCGCCCCACCUCAGCCAAAAGACACGAAACAUAUAAUUAUUCAUAUGGGACAAUUAUUGAAUCUGACGUGUCCUGCGACGGGUCGCCCUCUGCCCCACGUGACCUGGGUCAAACAUCCCUACAGCGAGCUGGAACCAUCCGCCAAAAUAAAUCUGUCAAGGGAUAACUACACUUUAGCCAUAAACAAUACAGACGUGCUUGAUAGCGGCAAAUAUUCCUGUGUAAUGACCAACAAAGUUGGGGCCACCGAGAUAAUAUUCGACGUGGUGGUUCAGAAAGCGCCUUCUAUUGCGCCUAGUGGAAACGCUUCCGAGAAACAUGUGAUCGCGUUGCGACGCAGCAUUGUAUUGAAAUGUGAGACUGACGGGAAUCCUCCACCGAGGAUUACUUGGUUGAAGGAUAUCCAAAGGCUGCAUGAGAAUUUGCCAAACAUAGAAAAUCUCUUAAGCACAAGUCUCCUAUCCAUUUGGAGCGUGAGCGUUCGAGACGCAGGGCAGUACAUCUGCAUAGCCGAGAACGAGGCCGGCACCGCCCACAAGAGAUUCGAUCUCGUCGUGCGAGUGCCAGGUAAGUGGAGCCGUUGGUCAGGCUGGAGUUACUGCAAUGUGACGUGCGGACACGGCUAUCAGAAGCGCACGCGCCUCUGUCAAUAUAUAGACGACAAUGACAACAUGUAUGAUAAAACUACCCAAACAGAAAAAAUAAUUUUAGAAGAGUCCGCUUGCAAAGGCAGUACUGUGGAUAGAAGGAAAUGUCACAUGCCACCAUGUGAGGAUGAAGUAUCUUUAUCGCACUGGUCUGCUUGGUCUCGCUGGUCUGCGUGUUCGUCGCGUUGCGGGUCCGGCACGCAGACGCGCACGCGCACGUGCAAAGGACGCGCCUCUUGUAGCGGAGAUAACGUCCAGAUAAGGAAAUGUCCGAGCCUUCCUCCGUGUCGGACGAGCUCUUCGACGAACGACGUAUACGGCGGUGGAAUCGACAACAGAAAUUUGAAAUUGGAUUAUUUGCCGGAGUUAACAUUUGAAUUGCAACCAGAAGCUCGGAGCUCUGUAGCGGGAGAUUACGACGACUAUUACUCGACGUAUUCGUCAGCGAAUAAACCGUCUCCAUAUUACGAAGUGAAGGUGACGGAGAACUCGGACGAGAGCGAUCGCGGUCCCUGCGCCCCUGGCCUCUGGCGCGACCGAGCCGACGACGUGUGUCUCGAUAUAGACGAGUGCACCCUAGACGCGAACCGGUGCCAUACAACCCAAGUGUGCACGAACAUAGUCGGUGGGUAUCGGUGUUCGUGUCCCAGGGGCUACAUGUCGCUCGGGGCUGGACAGCGCUGUUUAGACGUGAACGAAUGUGAGCAUAAGACGUCCGGCUGUGAGUUCGCGUGCGUGAACACGGCGGGAGGAUUCGCGUGCGCAUGUCCCGCGCAUCUGCGCCUGCACGAGGACAGACGUCGCUGUGUUCCGCGUGUGCCCUCGUACGACGACUUCGGGGAGGAGUAUUUGAGUGCGUCACUAGACUUCCCCAGCCGAGCGAGAGGUUGA